GUCCUUGGUCUUCUCCUCUAAACCCCAGCCCGCAUGCCCCUAGCCGGGCCAAGCUCCGCCUCCUGCAUCAUUUCCCAGCCCCAGGCAAAGCGUAGCCGAGAUCUUCGUCCAAGAGCUUUGCGCCUCCGGAAUAAAGCAGCGUAACCACUUAGAGGAGACAGCAUAAGAAAUUCGUCUUUUUACCAGUGGCACUUCAAUAUUUGUGAAGUUUACAAAUUGUAGCUGCAGUUCUGAUUCAUGGAUCUUCAAGGAGAGCAGAGAAGAUAGAAGACCUGUUUGAGAUGUGGUGGUUUCAGCAAGGCCUCAGUUUCCUUCCUUCAGCCCUUGUCAUUUGGACAGCUGCUGCUUUCAUAUUUUCAUACAUCACUGCCAUAGAACUCCACCACGUUGACCCUGUUUUGCCUUAUAUCAGUGACACUGGUACAGUAGCUCCAGAAAAAUGCUUGUUCGGGGCAAUGUUAAAUAUCGCCGCAGUUUUAUGCGUUGCUACCAUUUAUGUUCGUUAUAAGCAAGUUCAUGCUCUGAAUCCUGAAGAGAGUUGUAUCAUCAAAUUAAACAAGGCUGGCCUUGUACUUGGAUUACUGAGUUGUUUAGGACUUUCUGUUGUGGCAAACUUCCAGAAAACCACCUUUUUUGCUGUACAUGUAUGUGGAGCUGUGCUCACCUUUGGCAUGGGCUCAUUAUAUAUGUUUGUUCAGACCAUCCUUUCCUACCAAAUGCAGCCCAAAAUUCACGGCAAACAGAUCUUCUGGAUCAGGCUCCUGUUGGUUAUCUGGUGUGGAGUAAGUGCACUUAGCAUGCUGACUUGCUCAUCCCUUCUGUACACUGGGAGUUUUGGCGCUGAUAUAGUACAGAAACUGCAUUGGAACCCUGAGGACAAAGGUUAUGUGCUUCACAUGAUCACUACAGCAGCAGAAUGGUCUAUGUCAUUUUCCUUCUUUGGUUUUUUCCUGACUUAUAUCCGUGAUUUUCAGAAAAUUUCUUUACGAGUGGAAGCCAAUUUGCACGGAUUAACCCUCUAUGACACUGCUCCUUGCCCUGUUAACAAUGAACGAACACGGCUACUUGCCAGAGAUUUAUGAUGAAAGGACAAAAUAUUUCUGUGGUGAUUAUGAUUCUCAGGGACUGGGGAAAUAUUCAUGAAGGUUACUUACUCUGCUCUGAAAUUUUCAACCAGUUAAUCAAGGCUGACGAUGUCGAAGAAUACUGAUAAUCAAGACCCAUGAAUUAAGCCAUUUGAUAUUAUAAAGGAUAUCUUCAAGAGGACCACAUAAAAACAUUGAUGCCUAUAGUUUUUUUUAAUCCCAGAAAAUAAAACCAAAGGACUACAACAUUGUAGCUUUUUUCUACUUUUUUAAAAAGAAACAAGCAGAAGUGCACCAAGCAGUCUGCAAAAUCCAACUUUUCACAUUUUUUAAGGCAUUAUAAAGGACGUUUUGUUUAGAGUACUUAUAUGAGAGACAUUUUUCAGGACCCCAAAUAAUCAGCAUUGCUCAACAGCUCUUUUUUCAUUGGAUUUUGAAGUAGUAGUUUUACCAUAUUAAUACAUUUCUUACCAUCUUCAUAAAAUUUUUUUUCUUCUGGAAUCCAGUUUUAAAGGGAAGCAGACCUGAAUUCAUGUGAGCACCAUCAUUGCUUAAGCUUUGCACAAGAGAGCCUGGAGGUAUUGAAUUGAUUACUGCCAUGAGGCCAGACACUAUGCUAACUGGUCUGUCACAGUGCUUGCAAUAGUUUCAUGAAGCUUAGUGUCUGAUACUAGAUUUUAAUUACUAAUGAAUAAGGAAAGUAGCUAUCAGUAAAUAUACUCCAAUUGUGUUUUGUGUAAAAGUGUUUAGUGGGUUCCUUCACAAGGCUGAGAAGUUUGUGAAUAACAGCAGGUAUGAUUAAUAUAAAAUAAAAAUCACCUCAAACUGCA